AUGCCCCAGAGCUUCGCCAAAGCGGACAACAUGAAAUAUGAAGACUCUGGCAAACCCAACAAGCACAACUACAAACUACAGAAAGGUUUUACCGCUGCGUACCCAACUCAAUCUUCCAUUCCUUAUAAAUACAGAACAGCAAUAAUCCUAGAAUCAGAAAGAAAGGGAUUUAACAGCCAAGCCAGAAGAUUCUACAACAAAAAGGACGACUUCCCGGGCCCUGGGUUCUACAAUGUCACCCACCAGUCUCCAGUGUUCAACAGUGUCUCUCUUUCCAACAGAGGAACCUGCAUGUUUCCCUCCACGUGUGCCCGGCUGGACGACAACAUUUCUAAAUAUCCUGCUGCCAAUGCAUAUACCAUCCGCUCAGAGUUGUCUUCCAAGAAAGACUUCAGCAACUCAUGUUCCAGCAUGUUCCAGCUGCCAAUCUUUAUGAAAGUGGUCAAAUCGGGAACCCCUGCCCCAAACCAUUACUAUACCUCUGUACCUGGCUGCAAACAAAGAAACAAUGUCUCUGCUCCAGUUGGGUUUCUGUCAAAAACAGAAAGAGGAGUCUUCCCUUUGUCCAGAUCCGGAGGGCCAGCUCCAGGGCAUUACAAUGUCAACGAAUCGCUGGUGAAACACUCACCGAAGAUCUUAGUGUCCUGCUUCAAAUCCAAAACUGGCCGUGGAUUAAAACUGACAUCAACAGGCCCAGGACCUGGCUACUACAACCCCAAUGAUCAAACCAAGAUUCUGAAAAAGCCUCAUGUCCCGAAAGGUACGCUCCUGAACUUCUCUGCCCACCCUCUGCCUCUGCCCCCAAAGCCACCUCUGCCUGGGCCUGGUCAGUACGAUAUUGUGGACUACGAGGGACCCCCUAAGCAUUUCAUCUCCAGUGCAUCAUUUGUGUCCAAUACCAGCCGGUGGCCGGUGUUGUCAUCCAGACCAAGCCUACCUGGCCCAGCCACAUACAAGCCAGAGAUCCCAGGGAAGCAAUCCUUCCUCUACAACGAGGACAACAAAUGGAUCCCAGCGAUAUAGCAAUGCCACAGCAGCUCAGGGAGAGGCUCAUGCAGCUGGGCCCCCGAGCCUGCUCCCCAGGAUACCCAUCAGCAGAACCCACCUUUCCUCUGUCCCCCAGCCCAGGCUCACAUACUGUCUGGAGCUGCCUUCUGGAGACUGGCCACCCCUGCCCCUCCCAUGCUUUCCUGAGCAGAAAGGAAGAGAGGCAAAGCUCUCUGACUACCCUUUUGUCAGCCUCCAAGCUGGUUUUGGGGACUCCCCUCCCCAGAGUUAAGGGGUCUUGAAGCACAGACGCUGAUAUGAAACCUCGGCCUACUUCCCUGUGUUGAAGUUCUUGCUUAGAAACCAACCAACCAGCGCUCUGAGUCCUGGUCCGUGAGCCCUGACCUCCAGUUGUCCUUGACUUCUGGGAGGCGGGAGGCUCAGAGGGGCCUGCGACGUGAGCACAGGCUAUUCCCUGGGAACCCCUGCCCUCUGCUGUGCCUUGUUAUUGCACAUCAAGAACAUGGAAUCCAGUCAUGAGUCAUCACCUAUGAACAUGGAGUCCAGUCAUGAGUCAUCACCCAUGAACUCGCAGACUCUGUAUUCAUCAGCAGGCGAGGCAGGACCCAGCUGGAGCUAGAGGCCUGGAACCACGGUCCCCAGGGCAGGGAGGACCUCUGUGUCCGUUGUCAUUAUGUUCUCAUUUCCCCAACCUUGCCUCUGCCUGGCCUGGUCUCUGUCGCCUUCACGACUUCCCACUUCUGAGAAAGUUUUCUGAGAAAGCAUCAGUUUCUGAGUUGGACCGUGUCUCUCACAGAUCAUGGCUUGCCUGCAAUGGCUAGAGGAAGAGCUGACCAAGAACCAAGAUGAAAUGAGACUGGUCGCACAUCCUCUCCUUUCCCGGGUGUCGCUAAUGUCUGCCACUUUUCUAGAUGGGGUCCUCUUGGGCUCCCUUCCCUCCUCCAGCCCCUAUCCCCUUCCAUGAUGCCUGGACUUCUCGCUUCCCAAGGCCCCUUCCUUGAAGUUCUCUGGGCCUCCCAUAUGGACUGGCUUCCUGACUGGGUUUUCUCCUGAGGGAGGGGCGAGGCGUGAGGAUGAGGGAGGGAAGGGAUGAAGAAACAUUUUCAAUUAAAUGGAAUUCUUGCUUCUCA